CGUCCAGAGCUAGCUAGCAGCCAGCCGUCAGCGUCGUUUCGAAGUUUCCGUUUCAAUAGGCAAUUAUUUGAUACUCUACGUUCUAGCUUUCUGCACGAGAUAUUUUGCAUUGGUCUUGGUGAUUUGGAAGCCUCUUGCGAAAUCAUGUGCACUGUUCGGCCCUUCGUGUGUUCAGAUUUGCUCAAAUUUAGCAGUAUCAAUCUGGAUCCAUUGACAGAAACUUAUGGCCUGUCUUUUUACAUGCAUUAUCUAACACACUGGCCUGAGUACUUUCAAGUGUCGGAAGCGCCUGAUGGCUCCAUCAUGGGAUACAUCAUGGGCAAGGCCGAAGGAAAAGUGCAGAAGGAGAUGUGGCAUGGCCACGUGACAGCAGUUACUGUUGGCAACGAAUACAGACGCCUGGGCCUUGCCUCUCUGCUUAUGAAGGAGCUGGAAGAGAUCUCAGAAAGAAAGAACACUUUCUUUGUUGACCUCUUUGUACGUGUCAGCAAUAAAGUAGCCGUGGGCAUGUACAAGCAGCUAGGCUAUCACAUCUAUCGAACAGUGUUGGGCUACUAUUCUGGUGAUCCGGACGAAGAUGCAUAUGAUAUGCGCAAGCCAAUGUCUCGUGACAAAGCCAAGAAGUCCAUCAAGACGGAUCGUCCCGUCAUAGAACCACACGAGCUGGAGCACACAUAGCACAAGCUAUACUCCUGAUCCUGGUGUUUAGUGUACAUAACAUUAUAGUUACUUGAGUGCUGCUGCUGUUCGUCAUUACGUAGCCGGUGUGCCACUCACAAGCUGACUGCUUUCACUUUGGAAUCUUGACAUCUUUUUGUAUAAUAAUGUUGUCUCUUCGCGUCUUCUUGCCUUGUUUGUCUUGUGUAUAAAAAAAACAUUAUUGUA